AUGUCCUGUGACAGGAGAACAAGAGCCGCGCGUUUCCUCGAGCUGCGGUACAAGAGCGGGGUGCGCUCAGUGAGGGGCGGGGGCGGGGGCGGCGGCGGCGCAGAGGAGGCGCGGCGCGGCGGCCUCAAGGCGCUGCCCAAGCGCGCCCGCACUCGCUGUAGGGGCAUGAACAUGGGGCAAAAGCUUUCCGGCGGAGUAAAGUCGGUGUCGCGCGAGUGCACGGCGCCCUUCAAGGCGGUAGUUGCGCGCGAGCUGGCGCCCGAGCCGCCGCGACCCGCGCGUUUGGACGCGCUUCUCGACGCGCCGCCUGCGCACCCCGAGCUGCAGCUGAAACACGCGUGGAACCCAGACGACAGAUCACUAAACAUAUUUGUAAAAGAAGAGGAUGCUUUAACGUUUCACCGACACCCAGUCGCCCAAAGCACGGACUGCAUCAGAGGGCGGGUAGGUUACUCUCGGGGCUUGCACUGUUGGGAGGUAGUAUGGCCGGCGCGGCAGCGAGGGACGCAUGCGGUAGUAGGUGUGGCUACAGCGCAUGCGCCAUUACAUUCUGUCGGCUACCAGAGUCUAGUAGGCGCUACGGACCAGAGUUGGGGCUGGGAUUUGGGCAGAAAUAAGAUUUACCACAAUGUAAAGGGCACGGUGGGUAGUGGUACGACGUAUCCCGCGCUACUAAGGCCCGACGAGCAGUUCCUAGUCCCCGACAGACUGCUGGUAGUACUAGACAUGGACGAGGGCACGUUGGCGUUCUGUGCGGACGGGCGAUAUCUAGGUGUCGCGGCGCGGGGGCUGCGGGGCAAGACGCUCUACCCUAUCGUGUCCGCAGUGUGGGGACAUGCCGAGAUAACCAUGAAGUACAUCGGCGGACUAGAUCCGGAGCCGCUGCCGCUGAUGGAGCUGUGCCGGCGCGUGAUCCGCCAGCGCGUGGGGCGCGCGCGCCUGCGCGUGGUGGCGUCGCGGCUGGCGCUGCCGCCCGCGCUGACGGCCUACCUGCUGUACCGCGCGCCCUAG